AAAAAUUCAGGGGGCACAAUUGAUCGAAAAAAUUUCAUCAGGAGUUGAGAUAAGUGCCGUAGAAGUUUGGAAUGCAUCUGUGAAGGAUUCCGUUGCGUCUAAUAAAGCAACGUGUGAACAUCAGAGGAUCGCGUGGUGCUUGAGAGGGAAAAUCAUAUUUGCUGUUGUUGUGAUCAUUGCGUGGGGAAAAACGCACCAAAGGGCAAUGGAUGUAACGACUCUUCCCACAAUCCCGCAAUUUUUUGCGGGACGGGACAUCUUCAUCACGGGCGGAAGUGGAUUUAUGGGAAAGGCACUGAUUGAGAAGAUCUUCUUUGCCUGCCCAGCCGUUGGGAAUAUCUACGUCCUCCUUAGGCCCAAGAAGAAACGCACCAUUGAGGAACGUCUAGCCUUGCUCAAGGAGGAAUCCGUCUUUGAGCGUAUCCGAAAGGAUAAGAAUAAAAUUGGCCAACUCGAUAAGCUAAUCCCCGUGGCGGGAGAUGUGAGUGUACUGAACAUGGGAAUCUCCGAGGAGGACAUUCGGGCAAUGGAGAAUGUCUCAAUUGUCUUCCACGUGGCUGCAAGUGUGCGCUUUGAUGAUCCCCUCAAAGAUGCCAUCCUCAUGAAUGCCCGUGGAACAAGGGAGGUCUGUCGCUUUGCGGAAAGAUUGCAAAAUCUCAAGGUGAUGAUGCACGUGUCCACGUCCUACUGCAACCCCGAUUGGCAUGACAUCGAAGAAAAAAUCUAUCCACCCUAUGCUGAUUGGAAGAAGGCAAUUAAAAUUGCUGAAACCUACGAUCAGGAGCUUUUGGAUAUUCUUGCACCGAAGUAUACGAGCUUCCAGCCCAACACGUAUACAUUCACCAAGUCUCUGGCUGAGCAGAUUAUCAAUGAUUUCAAGGAGAAACUCCCGCUCAUCAUUUUCCGGCCGUCCAUUGUGAUUUCCGCCGUGUCGGAACCAAUGCCCGGGUGGAUUGAUAAUUUCAACGGGCCCGUGGGUUUGCUGGUGGGCUGUGGAUUGGGCAUCAACAGGACACUCUACUCCAAUCCCGACAAUGUGGCUGACUACACACCCGUGGAUAUUGCUGUGCGAGCAAUGCUGUCGGCUGUGUGGAAGAGAGGCACACAGGAGCCAAUUGAUCCCCUGCCGAUCUACAAUUGCUCAACAUCCGAUGUGCGACCAACAACAUUCGACGAGGUUGUGGCCCUGGGAAAGGAUUUGGCGCCACAGUGGCCAUUUGAUAAGACACUGUGGUAUCCAGGUGGCAAUGUGACCAACUGGAAGAUGUACAACUACAUCAAGGUGAUCCUCCUGCACGUCCUGCCGGCCAUCAUUAUUGACACAGCUUUCAAGAUUAGCGGCAAGAAGCCCUUCAUCCUCAAGCUUCAGCGUCGCAUCUACCAAGCCAAUCAGGCCCUCGCCUACUUUGUCCUCAACACGUGGACAUUCCAGAAUAAGAAUCUCUACUCCCUCAAUGAAGGUCUCCAGGAUUGUGAUCUCAAGCUCUUCCAGUUCAACUAUGAGAUCAAUACGGAUGUGAAGAAUUACUUCGGCAUGGCCAUCCUGGGUACUCGACGGUAUCUCAUGCACGAGAAGGAUGAGGAUCUCCCAGCGGCACGGGCGCGCUUCCAGCGAAUGAAGUACCUCGAUUGGGCAGUCAAAACGGUCGUCUACAGCCUCUUUGCUUACUUCCUAAUCACACGACUGGACAUCAUCCCCCUCCUGGUGCGGCUCACAAAUCAAAAUAUAGCGCAGAAUGUUAAUUGAAGCGCAUCACACCGGGGAUAAUCCUUUUUGGUGAGUGAUUGCAUUUUAACAGGGCACACCAAUUGAACUGUUUGAUGAAUUCAUGUAAAAAAAUAAUAAGAUUAUAUUAUUCUCUUAUAUCAAUAUUAUAUUUUUAGCUUAUAGGCAUUGUUUUUCAGUUUUUUUUUUAAUUGUAUAUUGGUGGAGAAGAAAAUUAUGAAAAAUGCAA